AACUUUUAUAUAUCGAUAUUAACUGCAAUUCCCUUCUAACUUCAUAGUCAAUGUUUCAAGUUUUGAAUAAAGUACAGAAGCAACUUGUUAAUUUAUUAAGUUACUUAUGUUAGUGACAUACACAUGGUUUUUCAUUAUCUUGUUCCCGCCUAAACUAAAAAUUUAGUUAAUUACAUAUAUGAACGGUUUAUAAAAGAACAAUAAAUUAUCAAAAUGUUAAGAAAGCUCGCAUUAAAAGAAACUUCAGGAGUUCCAAAAUUGACAACAUUUUUUAAGCGAUUGGAGAACAAAGAUAAUAUAACCUCUAGUACACCAACUGAAAAAAAAGUUUCAAAAAGUUUGGACGAAAAGCAUGAAAGUUUUAUUGAUUUGGAUGAUGAUAGCAGUGAUUUUAUUACUGAGAAUAUGAAAAAGGAAUUUAAAGUGACAGAUAGUAUUAUAAGCAUUGAUAGUUCAAAUGAUUUACAAGAUCAAAAUACAUGUGAAGCAAAAUCCCAAGAAAGUAGUUCUUCAAAUGUAUGUUAUGUGGAAGAUUCUGUUGAAGCAAAAGAAAAAUUGAAAAAUAUUCAAAACGCAGUGUCUCCUGAUGAAAAAACUACAUGUAGAAAAAACAUUUUCUUUGAUCGAUUUUCAGAUAGUGAGGACGAAUCUAUAAAAUUUAAAACAUGUUUACGAUUAAAUAAUGGGCUCAAGAAAAUAGAAGAUAAAGGAAAUAGCCCAAAAAUGUCCAAAGUGAUUUUGAAUCCCAGUGAUUUCACUGCUUCACCAUUUGCUGUUCAUAACAAGUCUUCUGUAAUAUCACCUGAAAUGACUAAACAAAAUUCAUUUGACAUUAAAGGCCAUAAUAACAAAAAUAUCAUCAUAUCUGAUUCCGACAAUGAGAAUUCUGAUUCCAAAGAUACUGUUGAAAAAUCUCCAAAAAAGAAAUGGAUAGGUCCUGACUAUAAAUUAAAUCUGAAGCCUUUAGGUAUGGAUAAACAAUUAAUUUCUUGGAUUCAAUCAGUAAAAGAACAACCAGUUAUGUCAGCUUCGCUUAGAACCGAAGAUGAUUUAGAAGAUAAACAUCAAACUUUACAGGACCUUCAAAUAAUUAUUCUAGAAAAAUUUUUUCUAGCUAUGGAUCAAAUUCCAAUGCCUAUAUUAGAAAAAUUUCCUAAAUUUAAUGUAGACGCAUUUCAAAAACUAAAAGCUUUAAAUCAGCAUGUUAAAGCUAAAUUACGUUUGGUGAAAAAAAGACUAGAGAAUAAGCAGAAGAUAGAGAAAGAAUUAAAAUCCACAAUUGAAAAUGAACCCUUACAAGAAUUAGAAAGUCAUAGUCCUGUUUUUAAAAAAUAUAAUAUAUACAGAAGUAGUCCAAUAAAUUCAAAAAAUUCAAAGGAUAGUUUUAAUCUCAGUUUUAACUCUUCUAGCAAAGAAUUAGUAAGUCCUAAUGAAACUUCAGAUGCAUCAUUAUCAAACAUUACGAAACCUAUAAAUUCAUGGCAAAAAGGUGAUAAUGAAAAACUGAGUAUGGCAACCACUGUCAACGCUAACUCACCUAUAGUAAGUACAAGUGCAAAUGCAAGCGUAAGUGCAAGUGUAAGUACAAGUACAGCUCCGAUAAAAAAAAGUACUUUUCAAUUAAAAAGACCUGUCAGAGCUACAGUGUGUACAGAAGUUACUAAAAAGAUAGGCGAAUUAUGGGAAAAAGAGCAACAACAAACAAGACUGUUACAAAUGACAUCAGAUACGAAAUACGAUGCAAGUAAUAAUAGCUUUAAGUCAGAACAAAAUGAACUUGCAUGUCAAAAUAAACAUUUUGAUUAUGAUAAUUCUAAACAAAAAGAAUUUGAAAGGAAUAUACAACCUAUGUUUAAUCAGAAGGAUGAUUGGAUCAAUAAUAGCAAAAAUUUUGAUGAUGAUUUAAUAAUACAUGAAAAAAGGAAUACCAUUGAAACAUUUAAACAAGAACAUAAGAUCUCUAAAAAUGAUAGUUCUAAUUUAGAAUUAAGUUUACAUAUAAAUGAUUCAGGAAUAAUUGGUCAAGAAGAAAAGGAUAUUACUACGAAUAAUAAAGUGAAUAUAACUUUAAAUACAUCUGUUUCUGAUGGAAUUUUUACUGGAAAUUAUAAAAAUGAUGGUAUUAGUGGAGAAUUUGAUGGUUUGAAUUACCCUCAUUCUCGUGAAAUGUUAAAAAUUUUUAGGCAAAAAUUUGGUUUAUAUUCUUUUAGACCAAAUCAAUUGCAAGCAAUUAAUGCAGCAGUUCUUGGAUUUGAUUGUUUUGUUUUGAUGCCUACAGGCGGUGGGAAAUCACUUUGUUAUCAAAUGCCAGCUCUUCUUCUACCGGGAAUUACAAUAGUUAUUUCUCCAUUAAAAAGUCUUAUUCUUGAUCAAGUUCAGAAACUGACUUCGCUUGAUAUUCCUGCGGCACAUAUGUCUGGCAAUAUAACUGAAAGUCAAGCAUCCGGAAUAUACAGAGAACUGUCUAAGAAAGAUCCAGGAUUAAAAUUAUUAUAUGUAACACCUGAGAAAAUAUCUGCUUCUCAAAAAUUGAACAGUAUUUUAACAACUCUUUAUCAAAGAAAUUUAUUGGCACGAUUUGUUAUUGAUGAAGCACAUUGUGUAAGUCAGUGGGGUCAUGAUUUUCGACCAGAUUAUAAAAGAUUAAAAUGUCUGAGAGAUAAUUAUCCCACAGUAUCAACGAUUGCUUUAACAGCUACUGCAACUCCAAGAGUUAGAACUGACAUACUGUAUCAAUUGGGUAUGACAAAACCAAAAUGGUUUAUGUCAAGCUUCAAUAGACCGAAUUUGCGUUAUAGUAUAAUUGCAAAGAAAGGCAAAAAUUGUUCUGAUGAAGUUAUUGCUAUGAUAAAAACCAAAUGUAAAAAUCAAUGCGGUAUUGUUUAUUGCUUAUCACGUAAAGAUUGUGACGAUUACGCCUUACAAAUGAGGAAAAAUAAUAUUAAAGCUCAAAGUUAUCAUGCUGGAUUGACAGAUAAUCAAAGAAGUGAUGUUCAAGGACGUUGGAUUUCAGAAGAAAUUAGGGUUGUUUGUGCAACUAUAGCAUUUGGUAUGGGUAUUGAUAAACCUAAUGUACGUUUCGUAAUACAUGCUGCUUUACCAAAGUCUAUAGAAGGAUAUUAUCAGGAAAGUGGACGCGCAGGUCGUGACGGAGAUAAUGCCGAAUGUAUAUUAUUUUAUAAUUAUGCCGAUAUGCAUAGAAUUAGAAAAAUGAUUGAAAUGGAUAAUUCAAGUCCAGAUGUUAUAAAAACUCAUAUGGAUAAUUUAUAUAAGAUGGUAUCCUUUUGUGAAAAUAAAACCGAUUGUCGCAGAGCAUUACAACUUAACUAUUUUGGUGAAAUAUUUAAUCGAGAACUAUGUAUUGCAAAUAAAUCAACUGCUUGUGAUAAUUGCAGGUGUAAGUCAGAGUUUACUAUGUUGGAUGCAACAGAUAGUGCACGAGAAAUUAUGAAAGCAGUACGAGAAAUUAAUCAGAAAAGGAAUUCCAAAUUAACUUUGGUAUUUUUAACAGAUAUUUUUAAGGGAAGCGAUCUUAAAAAAAUUCGAGAAUCAGGUCUAACGAGUCAUCCAUUAUAUGGCCAAGGUAAAUCAUGGAAUAGAGGUGAUAUAGAACGUCUUUUACAUGAAAUGGUACUUAAAGAAUAUUUACGGGAAGAAAUGUAUAUAAAUAACGAAAUCGCUUGUGCUUAUUUAAAACUUGGUCAUAAAGCGGCAGAAUUAAUGACCAACAAAUCAACGAAGGUGGUUAUUCCAGUACGUGCUGCAAAGAGUAGCUCGAAUGCAGUAGCAGUUGUUUCUACGGUUACAACUAAAGCUAAUAAAGCUCUACAAGAAUUGCAAGAACGUUGCUAUACAGAAUUAAUAGGAAUUAUUAGAGGAAUAGCGGGUGCACUAGAUGUAUCUGCAUCGUCUAUCAUGAAUAUGAUUGCUAUCAGAGCAAUGAGCCAGCAGUUACCUGAUAAUGAAGAAGCCAUGUUACAAAUUCCCCAUGUCACAAAAGCAAAUUUUGACAAGUAUGGCAAAGCUUUAUUAGAUAUUACACAAAAAUAUGCAGCUGAAAAAUAUGUUUUAUUGAAUGAAACUGAUGAGAAUUCAACUGAUGGUAAUGAUGAGGAUGCAAAUUCAUGGAACACUGGUGAAGGUUCUUCUUACUCUAAUAGUACAAGAGAUAGAUAUGCAAAUGCGCAAGGAAGAAAGCGUAAAGGCAAAACAAGUUAUCGUUCUAGUUCCAAGAAAGCUAGAUAUACAAGUUCAAGUUCUACCACACAAAGAGGAAAAGCGGCUCCGAAACGUAAAGCUGCAGCAACGAAGACUGUAGGACUUGUAAGUUUAUCUAAUAGCAAGAAGAAAUAAUCUCUUAUUAUCAAAAACAACAGUAACAGUAUUAUUUUUAUAAAUCAUGUAUUUAAUUAUCUAUAUAUAAACCUUUGUAUUUGUAAGAUAUCGAAUGACUAUUUUGUAUAAAUAUUAUGAUACAAUGUAUCAGCAUUUUUGAAAUUGGCG